AUGAAACCGGUUGAAGAGGAUGAAGAAGGUGAAUUAAAUGAAAAUACAAUUGCCACUACUACUGCUAAUACUAAACCAUCCGAAGAUGAAAAGAAAUCACCAUCAAAAGAUGUCGAAAUGGAAACACCAAAAGAAGAGGAAAAGAAAUCAUCAGACAAAGAAUCCACAGAGACAAAAGAAUCAUCAAAUAAAAAUACAACCACCAAAACAACAAACCCUAAAUCACCACACUCAUCACCAAGACCAGACGAAGUUGAACCACACCAAGACGCUUCACAAGAGGAAAUUAAUAAGAGAAAGCAUGAAGAUGAAGUUUCAUCAACCCCAAGCAAAAGAUUAAAACAAGAUUCUCCAUCAACAUCAAGUACCACUACCACCACCACUACAAGCUCACCAUCAGAGGAAUCCUCAAGUACUGAUGACAAUAAAAAGAAGGACGAAUCCUCAUCAUCCACUUCAUCAUCAACCUCUGAUUCAAAACCAACUUCAACCACCACAACCACUAACGCACCAAAGAAUGAACGUGAAAGAGAUCGUGAGCGUGAAAGAGAACGUGAAAAAGAAAGAGAAAGAGAAAGAGAGCGUGAACGUGAAAGAGAACGUGAAAGAGAAAAAACCAAACAACCAGCAAGAGCCCCAAUCAAACCUUCAUCUCGUAAACUCGAAAGAUAA